CCUCAAGUAAAACUGACUAUUGUAACUGCAGAUCUGCAACAAUUGUUAGUCCCAAUUUUUGUUGGCAUAUGUUUCAAGUGAUUUUGACACUUAGUUAGCCAGCAAAAAAACAAUGAAAGUUCUAUCCGUACUAUUUCCACUGCUCGUCUUGACCGUAUCGCAAGCUGUGUCUCUCUCCCAAUUGGCGAAAGAUGAAUGGGAUGCGUUUAAGGCAACUCACCAGAAGCUGUAUGAAAACGAUGUGGAGGAACGUUUCCGAAUGAAAGUCUAUCUGGAAAAUAGGCAACGCAUCGCAAAACAUAACAAGGAACAAAAUCUACCUUACAAGCUUGCAAUGAAUAAAUUUGGUGACCUUCUCCAUCAUGAAUUUACCCGAAGGAUGAAUGGUUAUCGAUCCGAUCGUCGGAACUCGUCUGUCUUUGGUGCAACUUUUUUGACACCGGAAUCUUUUACAGCACCAAACGAAGUGAAUUGGACCGCGAAGGGAUACGUGACUCCAGUCAAGGAUCAAGGAGGUUGUGGAGGUUGUUGGGCCUUCUCUGCAACGGGGUCACUUGAAGGGCAGCAUAUGCGUAAAACGGGAAAGCUUGUUUCUUUAUCGGAACAGAAUUUGAUUGAUUGCUCGUGGAAUGGAGGUAACGAAGGCUGUCUCGGUGGUCUCAUGGACCCGGCGUUCAUUUACAUAAAAAAUAAUAACGGUAUCGACACCGAGGCGAGCUACCCGUAUCAGGCACAAACUUAUGGUUGUCGCUACAAGAAGGAAAAUUCUGGUGCGAGUGACAUCGGAUAUGUCGACAUUCCUUCCGGCGAUGAGGAGAAAUUGAAGCAAGCAGUCGCCUCCGUGGGGCCGAUUUCCGUUGCAAUUGAUGCAUCCCAUGAGUCCAUCAUGUUCUACUCGAGUGGAGUGUACACCGAGAAAUGGUGUAGUUCGACUGUAUUGGAUCAUGCCGUUUUGGUCGUGGGAUAUGGGACGACGGAGGAAGGUCAAGAUUACUGGCUGGUCAAGAAUUCUUGGAGUACAGCUUGGAGAAACAGAGGAUACAUUCAAAUUGCACGAAAUCAUCAAAACGAAUGCGGUGUGGCCACUCAAGCUAGUUAUCCACUCGUGUAAAAUAUUUAUGAAUAUUCAAAAUUGUAAAAGUAAUAUUACAAAAGAUAACCUUACAUAUGU